AUGACAUCUUUCAAAACUUUGGCUAUUCUCGCUAUUUUGGUGGCUGUUUCUUUGGCGCAAUUUGGUGGACAAGGUGGAUCUGAUUCAAACUCACAAGGAUCACAAUCUGGAUUCUCAGUGAACUCAACGUCCGGUGGUUUUGGUGGAAAUGGAAAUCAAGGUGGAUUUGGUGGAUCUUCGAACAACAGCUCACUGCGAUCUCACGCAAAUUCCACCACAAGAUCAGAAUAUAGAUAUAUUCUACAACAAAAUCGUUGGUAUGUUAAGAUCGAUUCAAGAAAAAUCGCUGGUUCCACAACCAAAUCACUCACAAAACAGAAUAAGUGAAUCCACUCGCCAACUGCUGACACUUCGACGAGAAACGAGUCGAUCUGAUCCAUUAUUCCACACCAUCUCGGAAUUGUGCCGCGAGGAACUUGCCAGAGAUCACCAAGAAUUUGCCAAAACUCGCCUCGUGAACGCAGCAAUGGCAAGAAAAAGUCUGAAAAGAGUCGCCAGAAACCUCGUCGAAUAUCAAGCCACAAUUCCAUGCUUGAAAUCUUCUCCAACCGGAACUCGGAUCACUGGAAGAGGAGAAAUCGAAAAAGAAAUACAUCAGUUUUACUCAAAGCUUUUCAAAAGCUCAGAUGUUCCACAAAAUCCCAGUAACAGAAGAUUGAGAAGAACUGAAAAUCCACCACCGUUUCUACCGAGUGAAAUUCGAGCAGCUCUGAGAUCAUUCCCAAACGGAAAAGCCGCUGGCGAAGACAAAAUCACCGCCGAUUUUCUCAAAAAAUGCACGGAUAAGAUAAUCUUGAUCAUCACACACUGCUUCAACCUGAUGAUGGAGAAAGAGGAGAUACCCAAGGCAUGGAAAACAUCGAAAACCAUCUUGAUCUUCAAAAAAGGUGAUCGCGAAAACCUCGAAAACUAUCGCCCUAUCACAAUCCUCCCAGUUCUCUACAAACUCUUCACAAAGUGCAUUCUGCAGAGAAUCCGCCGACCACUUGAGGAAUCCCAACCUGUUGAGCAAGCUGGAUUUCGAAGAUCGUUCUCAACAAUGGACCACAUAUCCACAAUUCAAAGAAUUCUAGAAGCCAGUCGAGAACACCAAAUCCCACUUGUCCUGAUCUUUGUCGACUACCACAAAGCAUUCGACAGCGUAGAACCAGCUGCAGUAUGGAAUUCGCUGAAAGAUCAAGGAGUCGAUCAACAUUACAUCAAGAUCCUCCAAAAAUGCUACGAGGAGUGUUCCACCAACAUCACGCCAUUUUUCAAAAAAGUCGAAAUCCCAAUCUCAAAAGGAGUUCGCCAAGGGGACCCAAUCUCUCCGAAUCUAUUCUCCGCGAGUAUUGAAGGAGUUUUCCGCUCCACAAAUUGGUCAGAUUGUGGAAUAAGCAUAGAUGGUAGAAAGUUAAACCACCUUCGAUUCGCUGAUGAUGUCGUUCUGAUCUCACACACCCCACAUCAAGCUUCGAGAAUGUUGAAAGAAUUGGUGCAGGAAAGCGCAAAAGUUGGCCUAAAAAUCAAUGAAGCCAAAACAAAAUCAAUGAGAAACCGAUUUGCGCUCACCCGCCCAAUUGAAAUCGGAAACAAAACCAUUGAAAAUGUCGAUGAAUAUAUUUAUCUUGGCCGACAAUUAAAUCCUCAAAACGAACUCCUGCCGGAAAUCCACCGAAGAAGAAGAGCUGGCUGGGCUGCUUUCAAAUCCAUCGAAAAAGCAACCGACGCCAUCACUUGCCAAAAAACCAAAGCAAACUUAUUCGAUCAAACGGUUCUACCCGCCCUUUGCUAUGGUUCAGAGGCAUGGACCCUCACAAAAAAGAAUUCAGAAGCUCUUCGAGUCUCCCACGCGGCAUUGGAAAGAAGAUUAGUUGGCAUAACACUCAGCGAACAACGCGAAAGAAAUCUCCACCGCGAAGACAUCCGGAAGCUAUCGCAAGUCAAGGAUCCACUUCGACACAUCCGCCAACAAAAAACCCGCUGGGCCGGACACAUGGCAAGGAGAAACGACAACCGUUGGUCAACGGCAACAUUGGAUUGGUAUCCACGAGAGUGGAAAAGACCAGUUGGACGCCCACCAUUGAGAUGGUCAGAUGAAUUAAGGAAAAACCACUGUAUAUAUGACAACAACAACAAAUUGGUCGAAUAUUGGACAACUCGUGCCAAAGACCGUGAUAAAUGGAGAACUGUGGUCCGCGCAAUAUGCUGA